GUCAGCUCCAGACUUCGAAAUCCGCGGUGUGCACAUCAAGACCGGCCUUGCUCGCAUGGGUUGUCCGUUUCCGCUAGGUGACAUCACACCCAGUCGACACCAUCAAAGAUGUCAGGCUCCGAGUCCGUCUCCACUGCCUGGCUCGACCUCUUUGGCGAGCAUCGGGGCCCGGAUGCCGAGUCUUGCUUCAAGAGCUACGAUGCUCUCGAUACGCUCGACGAUUUUCCAAGUGUCAGCUUCCUCAAGGACCUGAUAUGGGCUGAGAUCAGAGCAUGGGUAGCAAAUAACACCGACUCGCUGUCUCUCAUCAGCCACAAGGACUUGGACGGGCCGGGUCGCGUAUUCCUGGGGGGCAUGAACCAUGCUCUGAACGACGACACCCUCCGCGAGCACGACAUCUCUGCCGCAAUCAGCAUACAUCCAAAGGAUCUUCUCGCCUGGCACCCCACAGAUCCCUCCUACGCCCUGCGGCGUUUUUCGGACCCCACCUCUCCAUGUUCGGUCAAGAGUCAUUUUAUGUGCCCUCUCGAAGAUAAGGCAAAUGGAGACCUCUUGGAAUUCUUUGACCAGACUAACGAGUUCCUGCAAACCCACAUCAGGGAAGGCCACAACAUCCUAGUCCACUGCAAGUCCGGUCGGUCACGCUCAGUAGCUGUGGUGAUUGCAUAUCUUCAGCGGAAGCAUUAUGAUACAAUCAUCCGGCCACAGAAUCUUCCUCUGGAUCAGGCAUUAGAGAAAAUGAUAUUGUAUCGUCAAGCCGUUACCGAGAGUAUCCGCCUUCAACGUCUGCCAGUUCUCAUCAUCAUGGAGCGCUUCGAGGACCUGCUACGACUAUAUGAUUAUCAGCUGCUCGGCCAUCCUGACUACGAAGAGAAACUGGCUAAUCUGUUUUCUCCGCCGCCGGCCCCCGAGAAAAAAUUGGUUGAGAUGAAGACAGCAGAGCCCAAAACGACGGAAUCACAGACGACCAAGUCGCAAAUGCUGAGCUCUCAGGGCACGUGGUCGCAGAUGACGAGGUCGCAGAUAGACUUGGAGCACCCAACUGGGCUGAAGCGGGUCAAGAAAAAGGGCGGAGCAGCAAUACUCAAGCUCGCUGUCGCGAUUGUCUUCUUCAAAAACAACCAGAAGCCACCGAUUGCCGUUGUCGAGCGGUUGUUCGAGAUCAAUGAGGCCUACUUCUGGGAGAUGGAGGGCGUGGACUACCAGGGCGUCAAGUACCAGGAUUCAGGCCAUAUCCAUCGUGGCAUUUGUGCCUUCUACGCCCAGUUCGCCGAUGAAUAUGGUUAUGAGCCCCCGACAGCUGUCUCACAGCUCUCUGACUGAUGACGCUGGCCGUGGGCGAGGUAGACCUUGCGAGACAGCUGGAUCUGUGAUGGGCAAUUCGAUGCAACGCGUUACAUGUAUAUCAUGUCAAGUUUAGACUAGAUAGAUUCGAUACAAGCUAGGAUUCCCACGAUGAAA